AUGGCCGAAGCCAUGAACGCUUCAUUGCACGCUCCCAUUUCGUGGAAAGAGAAGAUGCAGCGUGCCGGCUUUGUCGAUGUGGAACAAAACAUCUUCAAAGUGCCGCAAGGGAUAUGGCCGAAAGACAAGCGGCUCAAGGAACUCGGCGCCUUUGAGGAUUUCAGUCUCGUCCACGGACUUGACGCCUACCUGUUGCGAGGAUACACGACCAUACUAGGUGGAGAUCCUGACGAAUUGAAGUUCAUCAUCGCACAAACCAAGAAAGAACUUCUGAACCCAGAGAUGCACACUUACGUUUACUAUUACAAUGUCUAUGGGCGAAAAACCCGAGGUUGGGGACGGAGUGCCUUGAUACGACACGACAGAUUCGGCUGA